UGUGGAUUGGCAGGGGGACAAUAAAGAAGCAAUCAGAAGAGCGAUUGGGUGAUGAUGUGCUUUAGGGGCCGAAUGCCAAGAUGGCGGCUGCCUCAUCUGUGCGUGUCAUUGGGAACAAUCUUGCUCGGAACCUCAAGGAAAUUCGGAUCCACCUUUGCCAGCGCUCGCCGGCCAGCGGGGGGGUCAGAGACUUCAUUGAACAACAUUAUGUGACUUUGAAGAAGGCAAAUCCAGAUUUCCCUAUCCUGAUCAGAGAGUGCUCAGAUGUGCAACCCAUGCUCUGGGCUAGAUACCCUUUUGGCAGAGAGAGGAGUGUGUCAUUGAUUAACCUAAAUGUGGACCAAGUUGCCAAAGCCUUGGAGAAUGUUGUUAACAGCAAAGCAUGAAGAUAACAAAUGGCACCCGCAUUUGAGUCCAAUUCCAGACGUAGAACACUUCAUGUGUAGCUUGCAUAUAAAAUAAUUCAACUUAGAAAAUAAAGUUCAAAUAUCUUGUUUAAGCCAA